AUGGUAUUUCUCUUCAUUGGUGGCCCUAUUAACAUCUACUUCUACAUACCCACCAAGAAAUUCGAUGAUUGGCUUCAACAUCCAUUUCUAGUCCCCAAAAGUUCAUCAUUUUUAUCUUCAGCAUCAACAUCCCCUGUUUCUAUCACCAAUACUACCAGUCAAGGGAUGGGGAUGGGGGAGGUUCGAACUCAAGACCUUGCCCAAAGGAAGUCUCUGACUCAUUUCCUCUCGUUCGCUGACCUCUUUCCUUUUUUAUUCGAUAGAGGCCACUCCUCGAGAUACCACACACAUGAGUGUCAUCUGAGCUACUUUCUCCUUGAUCAAUUUGCACCUCCCAUUUAUGCUUCAAACCUCUUAUUUUAUUCUACGCAAGAAGCUGCCUCCAUAUCCAUCUCCCAGAGAUCACAAGUUUUGAAACAAUCGCUAUCACGAACACUAACUCUUUAUUAUCCCUUCGCUGGAAGGAACAUCGACAACUUUUCCAUCGAUUGUAAUGAUGAGGGGAUUUCCUAUACAAUGGCUAAAGUCAGUUGCAAAUUAUCUGAUUAUCUCAAGCAACCUGAUUUCUCGAAGUUUCCAAAAUUUAUGCCAGAAGAAAUCAUUCUAUGUGAGAUGACUCCAGGUUGUCAUCUUGUUAAGAUACAAGAAACCAUGUUUGCUUGUGGUGGUUUUGCAAUAGGCUUUGGUACUGCACACAACAUUAUCGACGCAACUUCUAUGAUGCCAUUCCUCAAUACGUGGGGUAGCAUGGCACGAGAAGGAGUAGCUUUAUCUCCUGAUUUCAACUGCUCAUAUAUCUUUCCUCGAAACAGCACAUUCCCGCAAGAUCUAACUCUCUUGGCUUUAACGAAUCGACUCUAUCAAGAAAAGGGCGUCUUUGUCGGAAGGAGGUUUGUGUUUGAAGGACCAAUGAUGAGUAAUCUUAAAGCCAAAGCUUCGAGAUUAGGCGUGCAGAAGCCAACAAGAGCAGAGGUAGUGGUUGCACUCCUGUUUAAAUGCAUCAUGUUUGCAUCCAAGGCAAAAUUUGGUGCCAAGAAGAAGUCAGCUUUGUUAUCAACUUCGGUGAACUUUCGACGAAGGGCAGAGCCAAAAUUCCCACAAACAAGUGUGGGAAAUAUAAUUUUGCUUGCAACGAUAACAACAAAUAGUGAUGAAACAGAUGCAGGCACUUACAGUAUUGAUUUUGGUUGGGGGAAGCCAUUAUGGUUCCCAGCUUUUGGUUCCGCCCUAGGGAUUUCUGGAUCUGUGAUUCAGCUCGUGGAUACAAGAAGCGGUAUUGGAAUAGAAGCAUGGGUGUCAUUGGAUGAAGAAAUCAUGACUAUGGUAGAACAUGACAAAGAACUCCUUUCAGUAGCCUCAGUGGAUCCUAUUCCUCUUGAAAUUGAUUUACUCAAGUCAAGGCUUUGA